GAUAGAGGUUCCGUGCGGAUCUUUCGCGACAUAUACUAUCAGCACCGGUUACUAUUGCUUCUAGACAUAAAAUAUAUUCCGUCGGAGGAGGCUGUAGGCUGAGGGUGCGGGUUUGACGUCUAUAAUGGGAUGGUUGCCGCGGUGACGGAUUAACCAGAGGAAGCGAUAUCGGCCUCUUCAGUGGCAGAAUUACGGCUCUAAAGAUUAAUUUUCGAAGAACCAUAAAACGGGCAAUUCGGUGACACUGUCACCGAGCAGUGUAGCUCGAUAACUCGGCAAAGGAACUAAGCUAAAAAGGCUCCGGUUUGGGACGCGACAUAGACGGUACUCGGGGUGAACGGCACAGAAGCAACUGGCAAUUCUCCUUACACCUCCACAAAUGAUCAGACCAAAUUCAGGAAGCGGUGAAUACGAGUGGUAACAGUGGCCGCUUUGGGAUGUCGCCAAGUAUCAGUGGGCACAGAGGAGGUGCUGCUGUUGGGAUCGUAUCUAUGGACAGAAGAGAUGACUAGAAACGCAGACCAAGAAACCCGUUUGGUUCUACUUUUGUAUCGCUAAUCAACAUCUAUUAUAAUGGAACUACAAGGAAAGAUUGAUUCCUCUAGAAACGGACUUGCACGUUCGGUGCCCAUCCAGCGAAAAUAUCAUUAGCAGUAAAUGCAGGAGAUUUAAAUGCGUGUGAAUUAUUAAAUUAAUAAGCUAUAUGAUGGAGACUUCAGUUUUCCCUGUUCAUUUGUUGCUGUUUCCCUUACUGCUACCACGGUUCCAUCUUACGUUUAGAGAUUGAGAUCUUUCAUUUUUCAGCCACUUUAUUUGCCGAAUUAACUGAAUUCACUCGGCAACUACAGGAAAGUUCGAGUUAUCGGUAUGCUUACACUGAUAACAUGUUGUACCCAACCGUAGGUCUUACACCUUCAAAAAUAAAGCCUUUUCAUCCAAAACCAUUGACCUGGCUCAUAUUUCGCCCUGCGCGAGGAGAAAGGCACGGAACAGGACAAAGCAGUGCUGGAACGGCAAAACCUUAAGAACUAAUUUCUUUAGCCCGUUUUAUUCUGUUGAUGGCAGGUGAAGAGAGUUCUGUGAGUGAAAUACAAUAGAAAACAGAGCGGACGCGUCUGCACAGAUAACCUCCCGGAACGGUACAGGCUGGGGGAAAGUGGUGGUCCUUGUGAAACACAGACACGUACAGAAGGGGGGACAAAAAGCCAUCGAGAUCCGAUUAACUGAAAAGGUGAGAUCCAAAUUAACUGACCAUUAACAGGGGUGUAGACGCAUGAUCACGACAUUAACGACAACGUUUAUUUAAAGAAUUGACACCCAAUUUCUUUGGGUAUCCCGUUUAACCAGGGGGAUUUUUUUUGUUUGAUCAAUAUUUAGCAAACAGGUGCCCACAAAAUAAUAAUCGUAAAAACAGAAAGAGGACGACGACAACGAACAUUUCAGUGCCCCGUUAAGGAUCAUGGAGGGCGAUCGGGACAUGCACCGCCAGUUUCAGGAUUGGUGUCUCAGGACAUAUGGGGAUUCCGGGAAGACAAAGACGGUGACCCGUAAAAAAUACGACCGGAUUGUACAGCUCCUGAAUGGAUCCGAGUCCAACUCAUCAGACAAUGCAAAGUUUAAAUUUUGGGUCAAAUCUAAAGGAUUCCAGCUUGGCGUUCCAGAUGAUAUCAUUGGAGGAGAAAAACAAGUGCUCUUCGUUCCAGUUAAAACAACGGAUGGUGUGGGAGUGGAUGAAAAAGUUUCCUUGAGGCAAGUUGCUGUGGUGGAGGAUUUCUUUGACAUUAUUUACUCCAUGCACGUCGAGAAUGGAACCAACGGAGAGAAAACGCGGAAGCACGCUGGGCAAAAGAGAACGUACAAGGCGAUUUCAGAAACCUAUGCAUUUCUGCCACGAGAAGCGGUGACAAGGUUUCUCAUGAGCUGUUCUGAAUGCCAGAAGAGAAUGCAUUUGAACCCAGAUGGAGGAGAACACAAAGAAAACGGAAAGCCUCCCGCGUUAGUCACCAGCAUAAUCGACUACAACAUGCCAAUUACCAUGGCCUACAUGAAGCACAUGAAGCUACAACUGUUGAAUUCCCAUAAUGACGAGGAGGGCAGCUCUCUGGACAGCGAUGAAUAUGACAUGAGUGACUCCACCAGGAUGUCAACAGUGAACUCUGACCUGAGCUCCACCGUGGAGGAGAGGAUGAGCAGUCCGCAGAACCCGCAUGCACAGCCAGACGAUGACUCACUAGCAGAUCGGGUCAACGGCAACGACAGCGUGACUUAUGGCCAGGCAACAGCAGGGGUUAACCACAGUCAAGAAGCCCCGAGUGCCAUCGCUAACUGCAAAGCAACUCUGGAGCAGCACGAGCAGCCUUCGAACCCCCAUGACUGCCCCCUGGUGGCUGCAGGCCCCACAGAGAACCACACCACCGACGGCAGGAGCAAGUACAAGAUCAUCGCGUUCCAGGACACAAAGGCGGAGCCUAGAGAGAAUGGCAGUAAGUCUCCCACGCACAGCUACUCCAGCUAUGAGUCGGGGAAGAAUGAGGGCGGAGGGGAGGAGGCCCUGUCUCUUGCCCGAGCUGCUGAUGAUGAUGAUGAGGAGGACCAGGAGGACCAGGACGACUGUGACAAGGGCAUGGAGGUGGAAGGGAUAGAGGCAGAGCGGCUCAAGGCUUUCAAUAUGUUUGUCAGGCUGUUUGUAGAUGAGAACUUGGACCGCACGGUCCCCAUUUCUAAGCAGCCCAAAGAAAAGGUCCAGGCUAUCAUUGAGUCAUGUAGGCGCCAGUUCCCACAGUAUCAGGAACGCGCCCGGAAACGUAUCCGCACUUACCUGAAGUCCUGCAGGAGGCUGAAAAGGAGUGAGUUUGAUGCGUCACGGCCAAUCCCAUCACAUCUGACCUCUGUGGCGGCAGAAAAUAUCCUGGCUUCGGCCUGCGAGAGUGAAAGCAGGAACGCCGCCAAGAGAAUGCGGCUAGACAGACCACAGGAUGAAGAGGUUUCUUCUGAGAAACAGUAUAAACAAGACGUAGCCCCUGCCACUUUCCCAGCCUCCGCUGGUCCCACUACGCAGGAGGUGCUGUACAUCAACGGUAAUGGAACCUACAGUUGCCAUAGUUACGACGGGUUGGGGGGAGGACCACUGAACCUCACUGAAGCUGCCAGCAGUGGCCCCACAGAUCUCAGUAUGAAGAAACAGCUGGCGUCCAGCUCCGGCUCCUCCAGCAACUCCAGCGCACGGCCCCAGCUCAACUCCACGGAGAUGAAUGCAGUCAGGCAGCUCAUCGCCGGCUACCGCGAGUCCGCGGCCUUCUUGCUGCGUUCGGCAGACGAACUGGAGAGCCUCAUCCUACAGCAAAACUGACCUCGUAAAACCCUUUUUGUCCUGGCAAACAGGGUUCGGCCUCCAUACCUUUUGCUUUAUUGUCAAUGGAUUUAUAUCAUCUCAUCUUUAAUAAGAUUUAUUUUGUUUUGGAUGGCUGACCCCUGUUUGCCAGCCAUAGCAAACCUACCCUUAUUGACAAAGCAGCGUCUAGCCACGGACUGUUUUGAAACCCCAAACAGGUAAUGAAAUCAGGUAAUGGU